GCCAAGUUGAGUUACACGUCAGUAGGGAACCGGUACUGGUGAGUGGACGUGUACCGUGCACGUCAGGCGGUUCCCGGAUGCACCAAACAGAAACAUGGAACGGGUAGUGGUGGAAGUGCCGAUCAACAACGGUUUUUCCCUCGCCUGCCCUUCCACAACCCCACGAAAGCGGCAGGUGCGGUUUUCAGCACGCCAUGACAUCAUCCUUCUGCGAGAGGUUAUUGCACAGAAUCCCUUUGCCUCCAAAGAGCCAGGACGGAUUUGGGCACGCGUGGGCGAGAUUAUCACUGCUGCCCUCCAAGAGGAAAACUUUGAGGUGGAUGCCAGGAGAUGUAGGGAGAGAACCAUGCUGCUGCUGGACUACUACAAGAAACAAGACUUUCCCAGCCUACGCAGGUUUGGAACAGAAAGAUUGUAUGCCCAGAAGGAGGAUCUGCUCCAUGAGGUUUUAGAGCUGGAGGCUGAGAAGGGGCUCCUAGUCAGCAAUGAUGGCACAAAGUACCAGGAUGAUGAGCGGAGAAAUCGAGUUGCAGAAGAACUAAGUCUACCAGAACAGGACAAACCCAACAUCACAAUCCCGCAAACAACCACUACAGAACAAGAAGAAGAGCGUGAGGAAAUGACAGAGCUGUCAGCAGCGCCCACAGCCAAGCGGCCCUGCCAGUGCUGCUGCCAAACCUACUCUGAGAUUCUCAGCUUCUUGGAGAAACGCUCAGAGGCGGAGCAGCGGCUUCGAGAAGAAGAGCUCGCCUUGCGCCGAGAGGAACUGGAGAUUCAGAGAAGUAAGAUCGCUCUGGAGAGAGAACGUCUGGGAGCUGAGAGAAAAGAGAGAGAGCGGAGAUUUGAGCUUGAGAGCCAAGAGAGGCAGGUCAUCUUGGACCUUUUAAAAGAGAAGGUGCUGAAAGGCUGACAAAUUAAAACUUUAUCACCUGCAUU